AUUAAAAUUUCAUAAAAAGUUUAAAAAUUGUGUUGUCUGUUGCGUUAUCCAAAAAAUAAAAAUGAAGGUUUACGACGAGGUGGUGUUUAUGGAUCAGCUUUUGCACUACCGCUGCGUGGCCAGUCAAAUCGAGGAAACUCGUCUGACCUGGCAGAAGCGGAGCUCCUGGUUCCCGUCCGCCCAAAGGCAGAUGUACUCCCGUUACGAGGAAAUCUAUAACGAGAGUAUAGAAAAGUACGGAGUGGACAAGUUCAAGUUUUAUGCCAAGAGAAACCGCUUGGGUGGCAGGUUCAAGGCGUCCAAAAUAGGCCCGGAAGAUCCGAAGGACGCCAGGGAGCGGCUAAUACCCAUGGAUCACCUGAAAGGUGUUAAGUAUCCGCUUACCACUAACGCAGAAUACGGUCGCCUCAAGCCAUCGGCUCUCUUUUAUUGCUUUGAGCCAAAACACCAACAUGUUGCAAUAAUCCAAAGACAAAGUCAAUAAAAUAUUUUCGUUAGUGUCUUACCUUAUAGAGAUUUUGGAUGUUCUUGAAAUCCUACACUUCCCUUAAAUGGAACAGAAAUAUGCCAAAAUGAAUUGCGGAAGCAUUUAGGCAUUUAACGAUUUGCUGACAGUAAAAACUACAUUAAACGAUUAAGUAUCCGU